UCCAGUCUGGGAGUGCGAGCGAGAGGCUGGGCGGAGCGGAGGGGGUGGGGAGCCGAGAAAAAUAAAAGCGGCAGCAGCGGCGCCCCGAGAUAAACCCCGGAGGAGACAGACAGAUAGACUGACGGACGGAAGGACUGACGGACAGGCGGGAGGAAGUCGCAGCGUGCCCGCCCCCCGCGCCCCGCCAGCUCCGGAGAGCCCGCAUGUGGCGCCCCAGCCCCGCCGGAACCAGCGCGGCCGCCGCCGCCGGGCUCUGACCAGCAUCCAGCCCCUCGGCCUUCCUCCUCCUCCUCCCCGCCUCUGCCCCUUCCCUCGGCCCGGCCCGGCCCGGCCAGCCCGUGCCCGGCGGAGCGGAGCGGGCAGCGGGCGCUGCGGGGCUCCCGGGCAGGGCGGCAGCGCGUGUGUGCGUGCCCGCGUGCCUCGAGGCACAGGCGGGGCUGCCCCCCUCCUCCUCCCUCCCUCCCUCCUCCCUCCCCGCGCUCCUCUCCCCACUCCCCCUGCUCCGCCGCCCGCCCCCGCCUCGGCUGCUUUAAUACACUUUGGGUCCCCGCCUGCUCCGGACUCUGCGCUCGCUCGGCGGCGGCUCGGGGCAGCCUCGCUCCCUGGAUCUCGCGGCGGCGGCGGCGGCGGCGGGGUGGUGCCCGGGCGGGGGGCGGCCGGCGGAGCGCGGCGGCCGGACCAUGCUGCUGGACACCGGGCCGCAGUUCCCGGGCCUGGGCGUGGGCACGUUCGCCCGGCACCACCACUCCUCGGCGGCGGCGGAGAUGCAGGAGCGGGAGCUGAGCCUGGCGGCGCAGAACAGCUUCGUGGAUUCGGCGGCGGCGCACAUGGGCGCCUUCAAGCUCAACCCCGGGGCCCACGACCUGUCGCCGGGGCAGAGCUCGGCGUUCAGCUCGCAGGCGCCGGGCUACCCGGCCGCCGCGCUGGGGCCGCACGCCGCGCACGUCGGCUCCUACUCCGGGGCGCCCUUCAACUCCACGCGGGACUUCUUGUUUCGCAGCCGGGGCUUCGGGGACUCGGCGCCGGGCGGCGGGCAGCACGGGCUCUUCGGGGCGCCGGCCGGCAGCCUGCAUCACCCUCACACGGACGCUCAGAGCCACCUCCUCUUCCCGGGCAUCCACGAGCAGCACGGCCCGCACCCCUCGCAAAACGUGCUGAACGGGCAGAUGCGGCUGGGCUUGCCCGGGGAGGUCUUCGCGCGCUCGGACCAGUACCGCCAGGUCUCUAGCCCCAGGACUGACCCCUACUCCGCGGCGCAGCUGCACAACCAGUACGGCCCCAUGAACAUGAACAUGGGCAUGAACAUGGCAGCGCACCACCACCACCACCACCACCCCGGGGCCUUUUUCCGCUACAUGCGGCAGCAGUGCAUCAAGCAGGAGCUGAUCUGCAAGUGGAUCGACCCCGAGCAGCUGAGCAGCCCCAAAAAGAGUUGCAACAAAACUUUCAGCACCAUGCAUGAGCUGGUCACCCACGUCUCGGUGGAGCACGUCGGAGGGCCCGAGCAGAGCAACCACGUCUGCUACUGGGAGGAGUGCCCCCGCGAGGGCAAGCCCUUCAAGGCCAAGUACAAACUGGUCAACCACAUCCGCGUGCACACGGGGGAGAAGCCCUUCCCAUGCCCCUUCCCCGGCUGCGGGAAAGUUUUCGCCAGAUCCGAGAACCUAAAAAUCCACAAAAGGACGCACACAGGGGAAAAGCCCUUCCAGUGCGAGUUCGAGGGCUGCGACCGGCGCUUCGCCAACAGCAGCGACCGCAAGAAGCACAUGCACGUGCACACCUCGGACAAGCCCUAUCUCUGCAAGAUGUGCGACAAGUCCUACACACACCCCAGCUCGCUGCGCAAGCACAUGAAGGUCCACGAGUCGUCCCCGCAAGGCUCCGAGUCGUCCCCGGCCGCCAGCUCGGGCUACGAGUCGUCCACGCCGCCGGGCCUGGUGUCGCCCAGCGCCGAGACGCAGAGCACGGCCAACCUGUCCCCGGCGGCGGCGGCGGCGGCGGCUGCGGCGGCGGCGGCGGCGGCCGUGUCGGCCGUGCACCGGGGCGGCGGCGGCGGUGGCGGGGGCAGCGGCGGCGGCGGCGGGGGCAGCGGCGGCGGCGGAGCCAGCGCCAGCCACAGCGGCCUCUCCUCCAACUUCAACGAAUGGUACGUGUAGGGCGGACUGCUCGGCCUCCCCGGGGCCCGGCUGCGGCCCGCUUUGCCUUUCUUUUUAGCCCGCCGCGAGGCUUGCAACCCGCAGGGGUCCUGGAGCCCGGGAGACAGCCGCCCUCCCGAGCGAAGGGCGACGGACGAGUCCCCCGGGGCCCGGCGGGACGUGUACAUAGAGCAGCGCUUGCCUGCUCCUGCGCGGCGGUAAACGGAGUUUUCUUGGAUUCUUGGUGUAUAGAAGUUGGUCCCGUUUGUAAACUACGGCUUGAGUUCCUCCCUCCCGCCCGCCCCGAGAGCGAGGGACUGCUUUGCUUUUUCUUUCUUUCCCUCCCUCUUGGUUUUUUGUUUUUGUUUUUUGUUUUUUUAGUUCACCCGUUUUACAAAAAAAGACAAAAAGAAAAAAAAGUAACGUGGAAGAGAAAAAAACCCACCCUGGUUUCUUUUGUAAUUGUGCUAUUGAAUAUUGUGUUCUUUUAAAGAGGCAACUUGAUUGUAAACUGCAUUCAACUCUAGACCGGGGAAAAAACCAAACCGUGCCAAAGUCUCCAUUCUGUUCCUCAGACACACGCACCACCACCACCACCACCAACGCUUGUGAAUGUAUUUUUUCUGUUAGCUGGGUUUACAUGUGAUGUUUUAGUGCUUUUGCCAGUUCGAUUUGUUAGUUCCUGUUCGGAAGAUUGUGAGGAAAAUAAACGUCGUGCCGUUAGCUUUUUCCGUAAUAACACCCUCCCUCCUGUAAAUAUCUGUUACCAUAUUUAUCCAUUUGUAAUUAAAUUAUGGUAUUAACUUGCUACAGAGGAAACAGUAUUUAUAAAGAAUGUUUCUUAACUAUAAAUAUGUACAAUUGUGAGCAUAAACUGUUUCAGAUUUUUUAUUUGAAGGUCUAAGUGGUUUCAUCAUUUUCUUGUGAUAUGUUUUGAGAGUAAUGCAUACAGAAAUAUAAUAAAACGUGUUGAAACUGCA